UCGACGCGCGUAGUCACUUGACGUCAGCAUAACAACAAUCUGUCAUGACAGCUCGUAUGGAAGAAAAUAAUCGAUUACGGUUUUAUAUCGAUUGAUGUAGAACACGUUUCAACUGUAUGUAAAGUUUCUUCUUCGAGUAGACAGUGAGAAUCAGGAGGGAUAGGGCAUUCUUGAACCUGUCUGUAAGCCAGCCGAAGAGACGGGGAACAGGAUAGGGAAGCAGGGCGAGGCGGGCCCCGCGGAGCCGGUGGAGAAGAUGGCCGGCAGCCCGGAGAAGAGUUCCACCGCGCAGGAGCUGAAGGAACAGGGGAACCGGCUGUUCCUCUGUCGCAAGUACCAGGAGGCUGCUACAUGCUACAGCAAAGCUAUUAACCGUAAUCCAUCAGUGGCAGUCUACUACACUAACAGGGCUCUGUGCCAUGUGAAGCUGCAGCAGCAUGACAAGGCUCUGGCUGAUUGUAAGCAUGCGUUGGAGCUGGACAGUCAGUCGGUCAAGGCCCACUUCUUUUUGGGCCAGUGUCACUUGGAGCUGGAGAACUAUGAUGAGGCCAUUGGCAACCUGCAGAAAGCUUACAAUUUGGCAAAAGAACAGAGGCUUAAUUUUGGAGAUGACAUCCCCAGCGCCUUGCGUAUUGCCAAGAAGAAACGCUGGAACAGCAUUGAGGAGAAGCGCAUCAACCAGGAGAAUGAGUUACAUGCUUAUUUGACAAAACUCAUACUGGCUGAGAAGGAAAGAGAACUAGAAGAAUACAGGGAAAAACAGGACGACAAUCAAAAUGGAGGAGAUGCUGCCAAGAUUUCAUCAAAACACGACAAGUACCUAAUGGACAUGGAUGAGCUGUUCUCUCAAGUGGAUGAGAAAAGAAAAAAACGGGAGAUCCCAGAUUACCUUUGUGGUAAGAUCAGUUUUGAGCUGAUGAGGGAGCCCUGCAUCACACCGAGUGGAAUCACUUAUGAUCGCAAGGACAUUGAAGAGCACCUACAGCGAGUGGGUCAUUUUGACCCAGUCACCAGGAGUCCUCUGACCCAGGACCAGCUGAUCCCAAAUCUGGCCAUGAAAGAGGUGAUCGAUGCCUUUAUCCAGGAGAACGGCUGGGUGGAGGACUACUGAAUGGGCCCUCCCCUCUGACCCUCAUCCCCCUGAUACUCAACACAAAGCCUGGACAACACAAGACUAUAGAGAACAGAUCACCCCUUGCCUGGAUGCCUGGAUAUGUACUGUACACGAACGGGAGAAGCCACAUUUAUGGACUACCGAACGGGAGCCGUGCAUCUCGAUCUGCCUCUUCUCUCCACGUUUUAUCUUUGCUGUAAAACUUCUUGCUCUAAACUCCUGAGGCUCGCUGUUCAUGGCCUGCUGCUCCCUUUAAAACCCCUCAGUCAAUCUUCUAUUUCUGUCCUUUCUUCUUUUACCUCCUCUUAUUUUCUCAUGCUGUUACCCCCCCCCCCCCCCCCCUUAAAGUUCUUUAUCUAGAAAAAAGGGGCCACGUGUUCAGGUCUCUACCUGCUUUCUUCCUGCUCUCUCUCCUUUUUCUAUCUCUUAGUGCCACAGUUCUUGGAAAGCAUCAGCAUUGCACUCCAGUGUUUCACACACGCCAUCGGUAUAGAAAAGACACAUCAAGGUGGCAGAGUAAAUUUAGACAUCAACCUUUACUUUGUUGUUAAUUAACUCCAGUUCUUCAUAGUAUAUUUUCAUUAAACAGAGGGGCAUUUGUGCACUUCUAAAUCAAUAUUUGCUGAAGUGGUAUCAAAAAUGCCAAAAGCCUGUUUUUAAUGAGUUGUGUGAAAGUUUUAAGAGGUGAUGAUUGAAAAACAACAGUGACUUUAUUAGUUAAAUAAGCUGUCUGUCAGUUUUAACCUAGUAUGAGUUAGUCAACCUGGAAGAACAAGUGAGUCAGCUGAGACACGGGAACCAGGUCCCCUGUCGGCCUCCAGGAGGCGCCACAAACUACAGUAACCACACAUACCAUCAUACUGUAGUCCUAUGGCAUAUCACAUCCCAUUACAGACAAUUAAGAUAAGUUGAAUGUAAUAACGCUUACGUUUUAACCUGCCGUAAUUCAGAAAUGUUACUUAUUAUUUUUAUCAAGACAAUAAGGUGGUCAUUUAAAAAAAAACGUCAUGAGGUGGAUACAGAAAUGAGAAGAUUUCACACUUGGUUUUUACAUUGCUGGAAAUUAAUUAAAAAAUGUUGAGCGGUUUUCUGGGUGAUGACAUCAGCUGUCAGGGUUAAUGCUAAAAAACCUGCUUUGAAGAAUGACCUGCACUGCCUGUGUGUCGUUCAUAGAUCGAUUAUGUGCUGGGACUUUGUUUUUGCCUGGAACGACCGUGGACUGGACCCCUACAUCAAGCAUGAAGUCUCUGCAAAGACGAGAAAAUGGAUGUAGAUUUUCCACACCCUGAUUGUAUUUGCUCCUUGUUUUGCCCUUCCACCCACACAGAUACACAUUUGAGAAAGAAAAAAAACGUUAACAUAAACCAAUCACCAGUGUGAAACUAACUUUAAAUGGUGAAUUACAAGGAUUUAAAGUUGAUCAUUGUACCAUGAUAGAAAUGCUGGAUCGAUCAUCCAAUCUCCUCCAUACCUCAACCAUGGUUUCCGUGUGCUGGUUCUCUGGCAUUCUUUGUAAAACCCAUUUUCAGUUCACUGCUAUUAGUUUACAUGUGUUUGAGCUGAACGUCUGGUGUCUGGUGAAUUAGGCCUGUCGGUGGUUCAUGUCUGGGUGCAGGCAGUGUAUAUAAUUUGCUUGUGUAUCUGAAAUUUUAUUUCUUGACAAAAUAGGGUUCUUUUUUUCUUGAGAAAUCCUAGAGCUUGAGAAACUGUAUUAAAUGUAGAUAUGUUGAUAACAUAAUUGCCUGGUUCAGUUUUCAUUUGUCCUCAGUAAACCAUGAACUUUGUUUAUUGCGGUGUUAAAGACACUAGAGUUUCACUAAAGAGAUACAAGUAUGAAUUUCUG